AUGGCGCCUGGACCGAGUCCCCUGUCUGCCUCAUUCUCGAACUCGGAGAGUGACCACCCGUAUCCGCAACGUCAGGAUCGUGAAGAUCUUUCUCCGGAGCUCAUAAAAAAUCUCAAGCAGGCUUGUCAGAACCUCGAGAGAUGCAUGAUUGAGGAAGAAGAGAAGAAAAUGUGGGCAGCCAUCGUAGCAGGAAAUUCAACCAACGAAACGAAGCGAUGGAGAGGAAGAAGUCCUUCAGGAAUCGAAAGCUCAGAGAAACGAAGAAAGAUUUGA